UGGCAUCUAUGCUAUUCCAGUCAUUUCCCGCUGUCACUCAAAACUUGACAAAUUAACCUCUAAAUUGGCAUAAAUAUUACCAGAUUAACAUUAGAAAAUCUUUGUGCAAAAAAUUAAACGCGCGAUGGCAGACGAUGCCGUUGUAAAUUUGCGACAAAAGUAUGUUGACGACCCGAGAAUAGCCUGCCAAUAUGGGGUGAAGUGCUACCAGAAAAGCCAGGUGCACCUGCAGAAAUACAAACAUCCUCCUCCAAAGCGACCCUUGCAAGACCGCAAGCAACCCCCAAGCAAAAGGCUGAAAAAAACUUUAGACGAUGAAGAGAAACCCCCUCCAGCAGCCAGUCCGGCUCGCCCUAAAUCGCCGCCAAUUCUCUCUAAAGACAAAGAACUCAGUCGCCCAGAUCUGGGGCGCACCGAUAAAGACUUCAAUGUGAAGCAAUUCAUCAAGGAAAAAUUCCUGAUGGAAAUGCCAGAGGAUUUUUACGAAUUCUGGGAGUUAUGCAAAAGCCUAAACGCCAAACAUCCGGAAGAAGCGCUUAAAGAGUUCGGAUUGGCCCUUGUGGGCCCCUACGAUGUUCUAGCGGACAAGUUUAGCGACGUUCCAGAACAACCGCAGGAAAACUACUUGCUUCAUUGGCGGUUCUACCACGACCCUCCCGAGUGCCAAACCGUGUUGAAAGGCGACGAAAAAACCGGCUAUCAUUUGGGGUAUUUCAGAGACGAUCCGCAAAAGCCGCCGGUUUUCCUGGUUGCGAACGAAGCCAAUAACAACGGCCAGUUUACCGUGAUGGGCGACAACAUAUUCGCCUCAGUCAACUUGUACUUGGAGGCGUUCAAAAAGAGCUUCGACCCCUUCAAAAAAAUGAAACUACCCCAGCUGCAAAGGGGCUUAAAAGAAAAAGCGCAGCAGCUGCAGCUGAAUCUCGAGGCUAAACCCCAGCGAGUCCGCGACCGCAAUAGGCAAAUCGUUGCCAGAACCUUCAAUAAAAUUGGAAUGGUCGUGCCCUACAACAAAAAGACUGAGGUGGGGUAUCGAGAGCUGACGCUGAGCAACAAGGAGCUUCAGAAGUUGCUGGACAACAUCCAAGCCGCUUUGCCGGAUCAAAGACUCAGCCUCCUAUCAGAACUGCAGGGGUUAUUGACUAAUGUGACGAUAGCUACAGAUGAGUGUGACUUUGGGGCCGGCAUCGAGCUAGGACUGAACAUUUUGGCGCAUGGCGUCGAUUGUUUGAAUCGAACAAUCUCCCAAUGCCUUGCCAUCAACUACCGACUGAUUCAGCGUGAGGAAUUUGCUAAAAUCAUUGAAAGCCAUAUGGACAAUCGACGACGAGGCCCUGAUUUGAGUAUUAUUUAAUCAAAAUUUGAUGUAUGUUUGUGUUAUGAGUAAAGACUUGACUUCCA